AUUCGUGCAUGCCGUAUCUAGGUCUGCCACGACGAAUCGGACGCAAGCGGGCAAAACGUAAUCUGUGAAAAAAUGUAAAAUUUUUCGAAUCGGUCCCGCACUCGAGGCAUCGUCGUAUACGCGCCUAUCCGUACCUUUGCGUUAUUAUACGUUAAAACGCAUUGAUUGCGAAUUAGCAUGUGGUGAUGCGCGUAGGUGAGGAUUCGCGUAUGCAUGUAUGCAACUCGAAUCUCGAUGCAUGCACGUAUCGAAGACGCAUGACACAAUAGAAUUGGCAAUCGCCAAAACAAGUAUACACACAACGACGAUCCGAGCGUAUAAUGAGUUAAAAGCGGCCUAUCGUGUAAGAAAUUCGCACAAGACUGAAAAUUCACCAAUGUAUACGUGCUGAAAAACGGCGUCGUUGUGACAAUAUACGUACUCGUGGACACCACCGUGCAAUAUAACUCGACUGCUCGUAACGCGACAUCGCUCCUGCGAUUAAUUAAUACAUUGUGUCUACUAGCCAAUUAACAAAUAAACGCCUACUCACAAUCAUCAAUGAACGAACUUCGAUUUUGGGCCGAGAUAACGACGCCGGGAAGGUGGAAAAAUUUCGACUGAGGCCGUAUAAACAAUUCCUUUUUCAAGGUUAUAAAUUACAGAUGAGAGCAGAGGAAAUUGAGAGUCUACCAGUGUCGAAUCACAAUAGUUGAUCAAUAUUGAAAAAAUUACAACAUGUACUGUGUACAGUGGUUAAUACCAGUGCUUCUCAUACCAAAGCCGGUGAAUCCUGCUUUACUGCAGACACAUGUUAUGUUCAUGGUUCUAUAUCUCAUUGGGUUCUUCCUGGAACGAAAGCCAUGCACUGUAUGCAGCCUAGUUUUUCUGGUAACAGUGUUUCUUAUUUGUUACAGUGGAUUCGGUAACUGCAUCUUUUGGAGUAAUAAUUGUGAUACUGUGCGGUGUGAUAACGGAUAAGGCCCUAAAUUUUUAAAAAAUCAAUGAUAUAGUAAUUUUCAUUAGGUAUAAUUAUGACUGUAAUAAAUUUGUGCUGUUUAAAUAAUGAAUUAAAAGUAUAUUUAAUGAACAUCUAAUUUUGUAUCUGCUCAAUGAGACGUUGGCUAUCUCCAAAUGUAAAUAUAUACAAAACGCAGCAUUGGCAAGAAUUAUAGACUAAGUGCAAAAUUUGAAUAAAAAUUGUAAAUAGUUAACUGCCCACUGAUAUUUAAAACUAUUUAGACCGGUCAUGGAAAGCAUGCAUGUGCUUAUUCUAUAAAUAUCUUGUACAUUAAAUGUAUUUAAAAUACAUAAUGAACCUUAAAGUUAUUUGAGAAAAAAAUUAUUACAAUUUUAAAUGUAUAAGCAGCUUAUUGGAAAAUUAAAUUCAUUGACUUGCUAUACAAUAUGUAAUAUAUCAAAAAUUGUAUCAUAUAUUUUAAAAAGUUGGUAUUUUCUUUUCCAAAAGUUUUAGGUAAGAAUCUUCCAUCAUGUCGAUCAUUAUAUUUUCAAUGUAAAUAUAAAAUCUUACGCUGGAAUUGAUUAUGAGCAUAACGAUUAUUGAUUUACUGUUAGAAAAAAAAAUUGUUAAAGUAUUGUUUCCAGUACAAAAUGAUUUGUUAUUUUGAAUGAUAGAGAUAGCUUUGUAUCUAAAUGACUUUAGAAAUAUUUGUAAGUGAACAAAGCUUAAUUCUAAUAAAAAAACACGAUUUCUGCCAAA